AUGCAGCACGUCUAUCCGCACCAGCAGCAGUACCCCGGCGAGUGGUCGCAGCACCACCAGCAGCACCCGACCCACCAUGUAGCCCACCAGCAAGGCCAGCUCCAGGCGCAUCAAGCACAGGCUCAAGCGGCUGCGGUCGCCGCAGCUGCCGCACAACAACAGCACUUCGCGCGCAUGACUGGCAACAACGGCAAUUCCGUACCUGGCGGUGGCAUCAUUCCACGUGGGCCCGCGAACGACGUCCAGGGCAACAGCCAAGCUGUCAUGUCUGAAGAGAACCAGCGCGUUCUAGAGUGGAUUGCGCAGCUUAUGAAGCCCAACACGCGCGAGACCGCACUCCUAGAGUUGAGCAAGAAGCGCGAGCAGGUGCCGGAGCUCGCUUUGAUUCUGUGGCACUCAUUCGGUGUUAUGGCGUCGCUUCUCCAAGAGAUCAUCUCCGUAUACCCGCUGCUGAACCCGUCGCAGUUGACCGCUGCGGCUAGCAACCGCGUCUGCAAUGCCCUUGCGUUACUCCAAUGCGUUGCAUCUCACACAGAAACUCGCGGUCUCUUCCUGGGCGCGCAUAUUCCGCUGUUUCUCUACCCGUUUCUUAAUACGACGUCAAAGAGCAGACCGUUCGAAUAUCUUCGCCUCACAUCGCUCGGUGUCAUUGGCGCCCUCGUCAAGAACGAUUCAUCAGAAGUCAUCAAUUUUCUUCUUACUACGGAGAUCAUUCCGCUGUGCUUACGCAUUAUGGAGACUGGCUCUGAACUCAGCAAGACCGUCGCUAUUUUCAUCGUACAGAAGAUUCUUCUCGACGACACCGGCCUUGCCUAUAUCUGCCAGACCUACGAGCGCUUCUACGCCGUGGGCACUGUGCUCAGCAACAUGGUGAACCAGCUCGUAGAGCAACAGACCGUCCGAUUGCUUAAGCACGUAGUUCGUUGCUUCCUUCGCCUAAGCGACAAUGCCCGCGCCCGCGAAGCCCUUCGUCAGUGCCUGCCCGAACCUCUCCGCGAUGCCACCUUCUCCUCCGUGCUCCGCGACGAUGCCGCAACCAAGCGCUGCCUCGCUCAAUUGCUCAUCAAUCUCUCGGACAACGUUGCCGAAGUUGGAGGCAACCAGCAACUUCUCCACUAG